CGGGACGCCAAUUGGGGAAGUUGGGGAACUUCUGAACUUCACUCACUCUGACUUCAGUUUAUGGCGAUUUCAUCUGUUGAAAUCAACAGCCAAUUCUUGCGUUUUUCAGAUUUCUUGAGUUUGGUUACUAGGCACAGGGGCAGGAUAGAAGAUGAGACCAACAAUAAGCCGGCUGUUACAAGCCACAAGACCUCUCCAGCAUGAGAAUCCACUGGGCCUCCCCAGAACUGGUACCAUUCCACGUUUCCAACGCGGUCUUCCUCAGAAGCGUAAAAUCAAAAAUGUAAACAAGGUCAUUGCCGUCUCUUCAGCCAAGGGUGGUGUCGGAAAAAGCACAAUAGCUGCAAACCUCGCCCUCUCCCUCUCCCGCCUCGGCUACACAACCGGCAUCCUCGACACCGACCUCUUCGGGCCCUCCAUCCCGACCCUCUUCAACCUCUCCUCCCCCUCUUUAUCCCCCUCCCUCAACCCGCACAACCAACUCAUCCCCUUAACCUCCUACGGCGUCAAGACCAUGUCCAUCGGCUACCUCCUAGGGUCCGAAGACUCCGCCCUCGUCUGGCGCGGUCCCAUGCUCCUCAAAGCCAUCCAACAACUCCUUCAUGAAGUCGACUGGUCCCACCCCUCCCUCGACAUUUUGGUUUUGGACCUACCUCCCGGGACGGGCGACACCCAGCUUUCUAUAGCGCAGCAGGUUGUCGUGGACGGAGCGGUCAUCGUGACGACCCCGCACACGUUGGCGAUCAAAGAUGCGGUGAAGGGCGUGAAUAUGUUUAAAAAGGUGGACAUUCCGAUACUGGGGGUGGUGCAGAACAUGAGCGUUUUCUGCUGUCCUGGGUGCGGGAAGGAGACGCAUGUGUUUGGCGGGACCGAGGGGGUGAGGAAGGUGUGUGCGGAGAUGGACAUGGAGUUCUUGGGGGAUGUGCCGCUGCAUCCGAGCAUUGGGGAGGAUGGCGGGAGGGGAAAGCCGACGGUGGUUAGUGAGCCUGGGGGGAAGGAAGCUGAGGUGUUUAUGGGGUUGGGGAGACGGGUGGCCGAGUUGGUUGGGUUGGGGAAGAUGUCUUUUGAGGGGAGGGAGUGA